GUCUCCGUCCAUUUCCGUCGUUCCAUUGCGUUUGACUCUCUCUCUCUCUCUCUCUCUCUCUCUCUCUCUCUCUCUCUCUAAGCAGAGCUAGUAAUAAGGCUAUAUCUGUUCUGUUUUGUUCGAUAUACAACUGUACCUUCUUCUUCUCCUUCUUCUUUACUCAAUCCCUUCAUUUAAUACAUUUGCCAGAGACACCACCAACCUUAGUUAAAUUAAUCAAUCAACACUUCUUCUACUACGUACACACACCAACAACAACAACCAUCUACGUACUACUCUUUCAUACCAUACCAUACCAUACCAUACCAUACAUACCCUUUUCUCCCUUCACCUCACUCACCAACAUCUUCCUUUUUCAUGAGGGUCACUCUUUCUUAUUAACCCCUUUUCUCUGCUUCUUCCUCUUCCAUUAUUGUAUUUCUUGAUACAUAGAUAGAUAGAUACUACAACAACAACUAAGAUAUGACUGGAACUAAUCAAGUCAACCUCAGUGAAUCUAGGAGUGUUGUUCCAUUGAAUACAUAUGUAUUAAUCUCAAAUUUCAAGCUUGCAUACAAUCUUCUAAGACGUGCUGAUGGAACAUUCAACAGAGAUUUAGCAGAGUUUCUUGACAGAAAGGUACCGGCAAACGCGGUUCCCGUCGACAGAGUCUUUUCGUUCGAUCAUGUCAAUAGAAACUCUGGUCUUUUCAAUCGAGUUUACUUACCGUCUUCAGAAAAUGAACCACAAUGGGGUGUCAAAGAUUUAGAGAAACCAUUGAGUACAACAGAAAUUGUUCCUGUCAUAGUAUUCUUCCAUGGUGGAAGCUUCUCACAUUCCUCAGCUAACAGUGCUAUCUAUGACACAUUUUGUAGAAGACUAGUAAGCGUUUGUAAAGCUGCUGUUGUUUCGGUUAAUUACCGAAGAUCGCCGGAGCAUCGGUUUCCAUGUGCUUAUGAAGAUGGUUGGAAUGCACUCAAAUGGGUGAAGUCAAGAAAAUGGCUUCAAAGUGGGAAGGAAAAGAAAGUUUAUAUUUACAUGGCUGGUGAUAGUUCUGGUGGAAACAUUGUUCAUCAUGUAGCAGUGAAAGCUUCUGAAGAAAAAGAAGAAGGAAUUGAGGUCUUAGGGAACAUUCUUCUUCAUCCACUGUUUGGUGGUGAGAAAAGAACAGAUUCUGAAAUGAGAUUAGAUGGAAAGUACUUUGUUAGAUUGCAAGAUCGUGAUUGGUAUUGGAGAGCUUUUUUACCGGAAGGUGAAGAUAGAGACCACCCUGCUUGUAAUCCGUUUGGUCCUAAAGGGGAAAAAAAUCUUAAAGGACUUGAUAAGUUUCCUAAAAGUCUUGUUUGUGUUGCUGGUUUGGAUCUUCUACAAGAUUGGCAAUUAGCUUAUGUGGAUGGUUUGAGGAAUUUUGGUCAACAAGUUAAACUUCUUUUCCUUAAGGAGGCUACUAUUGGCUUUUACUUCUUGCCUAAUAAUGAUCAUUUCUAUUGCCUUAUGGAGGAAAUCAAGAACUUUGUUAAUCCUAACUGUUAAUACUAUUACUUAACCUUACCUUUACAUAACAAAAGGUUGAAUUUUUCAUUUGGUUUUUUUUAGUCUUUCUAUCUUUUUUUACUACUCGUUCCAUUCUUAAUUAUAAGUAAAAAUUUAUUUUUCAGAUUCAUUGAAUAAUUGAUGUAUCUGGUCUAUAUUAUAGACUAAUUUAUCAGUUAUUCAAUGAAUUUGAAACGAUGACUUUUGCUUAUAAUUAAGGAUCGAGGAACUACUUAGUAGUGUAAUGGUGUGUACUAGGAGAAGAGACUUAAGAUUAGGUAUUGGUUGAUGGUUUUGAUUUGGGGAUUGUAUUUUCCUCAUGUAGUGGUACUAAUUACUGAAUGUGACAUGGGGAAUAUCCCUACAUGUUUUUUUAUGAAUGUAUAAUAUAUAUAAAUAUAUAAAAUUAUAUAAUUUGUGUUGGA